UUUUUUUAGUCCUUCCGACUCGCCGUAGUUGUAGCCGCUGCGCUACAGAGCAGGGAGUUUUGUUUUGUUCUGUUUUGUUUUGAUCAAAGUAACUUUAAUGUUUUAUUUUACAUACAGAAAUGGCUCAAAACGUCCAGAACGUGACUCUGUCUCUGACAUUACCCAUCUCUUGUCAGAUUUGCCUCGGGAAGGUCCGUAAGCCGACGAUCUGCUGUAACCACCACGUGUUCUGCGCAGCCUGCCUCGAGCUUUGGCUUCAGAAGAGCAGUCAGUGUCCCACCUGCAGAGUUCCCAUCACACCCGAAAACCCGUGCAGAGAAAUUAUCGGAGCUACAAACGAGAGCGAGUCCCUGGAAAGCCAUUCGGUCAGAAAGCAUCUGAGGAAGACAAGAGGGGAGUUACUGCUGCGAGAGUACGAGGAUGAACUGGAGACUCUGCUGAAGGAGAACGAAGAGCUGAAGAGCAGAAGUGUGAGUCUGGAGUCACAGCUGAAAGCCUCACUGAUGCCUGCAGCCACUCCGGUUUCCCCGAGUGCUGCUCGGCUUGACCCCGCCCUCCUGGAGGAAACGGCCAAUAAGCUGCGAGCUGCCACUGAGCUCUAUCAGAGAGUGCAGGAGGACAUGGGCAAGAUAAGAGACGCUAACAAGACUCUGCGCUCCCAGAACAUCGACCUGGUCCAGGAAAACCUGCGCCUCAGAGCCGAGGUGGAGAGCAGGUCUCCUCAGAAGUUUGGUAGGUACACCGUAGCAGCGUUGGAGGCUAAGAUCUCCCAGUACGAGCGAGAGAUGUCUCAGCUGAAGAAGGCUCUGGAGCGAAGUGAUGCAUAUAUUGAGGAGCUGGAGUCCCAGGUGUCCAAACUUCAGGGCGGAACUCCAACACCGAGCACUUCCUCUGAGCAUACGGUCGAAGGUACGAACUCAAACCUGGAAAAUACAUCCACAGAUCCUUCAGAGAGUCAGGACUUCCUGCGUAUUUCUCCCUCUGAUGAAGCUUCCGGUUCUCAGAAGGACACGAUGGUGGACUUUGCCCUGCCCUCCACUCCCCCUACUCCCUCCUCCGCUCUCGGCCGCUUGAGUCUGAAAAGCCCUGUGGUGCGGAGUGAGAAAAAGGCCGUCAGUCGCCGCCUCCCGUAUUUGAGGAGGCUCAGCUUUGAUGACUGCGGAAGCUCCAGCAGCUUCACACCUUUUUCUGCAGUGGAACACACGUCUCCUAAAGUCAGCAGCAAUAUUUUAGAUCAGAAAACCUCACCAAAUUCAACCAAUCAUCAGGGUGUGUGGAGCAGUUGGGAGGAGCCUUGUUCCAAUACGUUCCACAGCACACAGGAAAGUGAGCAGGAUGUCAGCGAGGGCGUGUGCUUAGCAGAGGAAGCUCGUAUGGACGCGGCGUUCCUCGACAUCGUGUCCGAGCUUGACUCCAUGAUGGCUGAAGGUGAAAGCUCUCGCUCUCACACGCCCAGGCUUCAGUCCGACUUCAAUGCCGCAUCCUUAGCGGCUCCGGUUGUCCACGUUGAUACUAAAUCAGACAGAGAGCAGCAGCAGCAUUGUGCCACAGAUGUACCAGAGAGCGUCGGUGAAUCUGUGAAGCGCAAAUGUUCCGUUAACUUGGCUACAUCCAGUCCGUCUAAACUGUCCAGGAUUAAAUAAUCUGUAUGAAAUCUCCAGUCUCGACAUGACGAUCCGUCCAUCAACGAAUUUUGGUAGCCGACGUUUUAGACCGAUUCGUCCUCCUUUUGCAGAAUGAGAUCAUGGGACCGCGAUUAGCAUUUGACCAAUCAGUUUUUUUUUUCCCCCUCGAUUAAUCAUCAUACAUCGUCUAAAGAUCAUCUGGUCUUCUCAUAAAGCUGCUUCAAACCAAACUCUAAUCACUUCUCAGUCCAGUGACUCGUCGUGUUCUCCUGGAAGCGACCACACAUGGGAAUGCAGCCAGCCAAUCAGAUCGCAGCAUUGGUGUUCUGAAGCAGAAAAGUGUCCAUGAGCUUUGUAUCCAGUGGGCGGAGCCUCAGAGGCAGAUAUAAGGGUCAGGUUAGGUUUUAUAGUGAAGUUAUUUUCAUAUUUAGUUUAUUUUAUUUUAGACAUUACCUCAAGGCACUCUUAUACCAGAGACUCUACUGUGCCUCGGGUGAUUUUUUAUGGCCUGUAUAAUCAUCUCCCAAUGACAGCUGUGUUCAUAUUAAUGAACUUUUCAUCAUAACCUUCCAGGACUGUUAAUAGACCAGGCUUCCAUGUUGGAACAAUUUUUUUUAUAAAUUUUAUAAAUAAAAAGUUUAACACAAUUUGAGGGUUGACAAAACUGUUUUUGGCUUCCAAGCUGAACCGGAGAUCCUGAUUCGGGAAAUUCAAAUCAGAAAAUAACAAAAGGGAUGCCACUGAUCACGAUGAAGACUCUCCUGAGGGGAAAACUUAAUAUCAAAUCUUCCUUAAGAUCACUUUUCCUCAGACGUAUUCAUUAAAAACUUUUUUCUCUCUUUUUUUUUAAACAUAACCUAUAAUG